CCCCGCGGGUUCUCACGCAUGCGCGACUACGAACUGGCCCUAGAAGUUCGUAGCCUUUGUCAGGCCAGGAAUAGAAGAGACGCUAGAGGGGAGGCUGGAGGAAGCACUCCGAGGCUCCAGGGACUUGCAUCCAUUGAGGUGGAAACUGAAGAGCAGAAUCCGCAGGACAUGGAGGAGGUGGUAAUCAUGAAGACAGAUUUGGUCGAAGUCUCGAAGACAAGAGCUUCGUCUUCCCAAGAUUCUCCCCUUUCCCAAGAGAAGAGUCCAGAAGAGGGAGAAGUAACAGCUCUGCAUCUCACAGCCAGAUCCCAGGAGAGAGUAACAUUCAAGGAUGUAGCCAUGGACUUUACACCAGAGGAAUGGGGGAAGUUGGAUCCUACACAAAGGGAUGUGAUGCUGGAGAACUACAGGAACCUGGUCUCACUUUGGCUUCCUAUUUCCAAACCUGAGAACUACAAUUUGGACAAUUCCAAAGAACCAUUGAAGCUUGAAAAAAAAGUUUCCAAAUGUAGCUAUUCAGACUUGGAGAGUAGACCAGAGAGCAAGGAUUCAACUUCAAUACAAGAUUUAUUUAAAAAUGAAUCACAUCAUGUUACAGUGAAAGACAGACUGACAAGUGUCCAUGACUCUACCUUGGAAACAGCGCUUGAAUGUAAAAAUUGGCUAGAGAAUCAGCAAGGAAAUCAAGAGAGACACUUGAGAGAAAUGUUCAUGCAUCUGAAUGCCCUCCCCGAUGAAAGAGGUCAUGAGCAGGAUGUAUAUUGGAAAAGUUGCAAUCAGAAAUCUCUCCUUAUGACUCAAAACCGAGUUCCCAAAGGAUCUUGUGCUUUCCAUACAGUUGGAAAACAACUAAAACAGAAAUCAAACCUAAUGAACAAGGAGAGAACACAUAAAGAGAAAAAACCUCAUAAAUGUAAUGAUUGUGGUGAACUCUUCACUUACCAUUCAGUUCUUAUUCGACACCAGAGAGUCCAUACUGGCGAGAAACCCUAUACCUGCAAUGAUUGUGGGAAAUCUUUUAGCCACAGAGCUAAUUUAACUAAACACCAGAGAACUCAUACUAGAAUUCUCUUUGAGUGUAAUGAAUGCAAGAAAACCUUCACAGAAAGCUCAUCCCUUGCAAUACAUCAGAGAAUUCACAUUGGAGAAAGACCUUAUGAAUGCAGUGAGUGUGGGAAAGGUUUCAAUAGAAGCACACAUCUUGCACAGCAUCAGUUGAUUCAUACAGGAGUGAAACCUUAUGAAUGUAAUGAGUGUGAUAAAGCUUUCAUCCAUUCAUCAGCACUCAUUAAACAUCAAAGAACUCAUACCGGAGAGAAACCCUAUAAAUGUCAAGAGUGUGGGAAAGCCUUUAGCCAUUGCUCAUCUCUUACUAAGCAUCAGCGAGUUCAUACUGGAGAAAAGCCAUAUGAGUGUAGUGAAUGUGGAAAAACUUUUAGUCAGAGCACACACCUUGUUCAGCAUCAGAGAAUCCAUACUGGAGAAAAACCCUAUGAAUGUAAUGAAUGUGGGAAAACUUUUAGCAGGAGCUCAAACUUUGCUAAACAUCAGAGAAUUCAUAUUGGAAAGAAACCUUAUAAAUGUAGUGAAUGUGGAAAAGCCUUUAUUCAUUCAUCAGCUCUUAUUCAACACCAGAGAACUCAUACUGGAGAGAAACCCUUUAGGUGUAAUGAAUGUGGAAAAAGCUUUAAAUGCAGUUCAUCCCUCAUCAGACAUCAAAGAAUUCAUACUGGAGAGCAACCCUGAGAAAUUAAUAAAUGUGAAUAAAUGUAAGUUGGCUUUAUCACUGUGUUAAAUGUUUGGUGGAAUAUCCAUAUGUCUUUGAGGACCAAUUUUAUUUCAUCUAAUUUCACCUGCCUAAAUUCCAUAGGCAUCUAAUUUCAUUUGCCUAGUAUAUAAUUUUGAGCUAUAGAAAAAAUAUUCCUUAUGCCCAUUGAUAAUUAUGAAACUUCUAUCCAGAGAUCUUGAAGAUUUUAUCUUCAAACUUCCAAAUAUCCAUUUAUAGAAGUUUAGGAAAUUCUGUAGGAGGAUAGCUGUAGACAUUGUGAAAUCCCCUUUCUUGGUCCUGCAAACUGUGUUGUAGCCUCUCAUUUUUAAGAAAAUUCUUAAGCUAAUGACUUUAUCAUAAGAAAAAUGCAACUUAUUACGCUGAAUCCAAACUAGAGACCUAAGUAUACAGAUAGUAUCAUUUCCGUAGAAUGUCAUUUCUUUUACUAGUCAUAGAAACUUUAAGACUAAAAAAAGAGAAAGUGGAUUUGAUUCCCCAUCACUCCCAAAGGGUGCUGUCUAAUAUGAUGAACAUAACUAAAAUGUUGCAUAAAGCUCUAAAAUGUGUUUACAGGGACUUUGGGUCAUAGAUUGUUAUCCUGUUGAGAUUCAUUUUUCUAAUUCUCUUCGAUUUACCCUGAAGUACAAAUUGGCUCAAAACCUUAACUGUAAUUAUUAAUCAAGACACUCUUUAUUCUCCUUGGCAUUGCUUGAAUCCUUGGUUUUAUACAUUUAAAUGAUUAGGAAAACCUUGUUUUUCUACAUUAUUAAGCUUCUUGUAAACUGCUUUUGCCAUGUAGAAAAAGAACCAUAGGGAUAUAGAGCACCUAAAAGUUAGGAUCCCAGUCAAGAAAAGUACCAAAGUAACUGUGAGACCCUACUUUUCAUGUUUCUAAAAGCUCACAGGACAAAACUCAAGUGACUUACUUGAGGAUAAGCAGCUUCCUUUCAUAAAGAAUUUGCCAUUUCUCUGGCCUUCCUGUUUACCUGCACUUUGUUGUUCUUGCUCACUUGUAUGUUGGUUGGUCAUUAUUCCAGACUUAUUAAGAAAGCAUGAAAUUAUAAUGGACCUAUUAGUGUAAAUUAUAUGGGUGGCUAAGGACUGUGGGUGGGAUUCAAAACACAGAAGCAGGAAUUCAAAUGUCAAUUUUAAAACUAUUUCAUACUAUUACUUGUCAUAUGGAAAGUAUACUAUAGAAAAUUCUAGAAAUAUCACAGAUGUCUUCUUUCCUGUUCUCUGAAUCCUACCUUCCCUCUUAUACUCAUCCCCUGUAUCUUAUCCCUGUUACUUAUUAUUCCUACCUAAUAGACCUAGCUUGAGAGCUCCCUUGUGCUCACAAGCAUUUAUUCUCUCUAUGUAUGCACAAAUCUGUAAUACCCAUUUCAAAUACAUUAUUUAACAAGGUGGAGAAGUAUCAGUCAGUAGGAGACACUUGAAAAUGAGUGUAUCAAGCUGGUCCCUGGUGGCUCAGGCCUAUAGAUAUAGCUACUCAGGUGGCCAAAAUUUGAGUGU